UUGGCUGGUUCAAAGUGGCGCCAUUUUAAACAGUAGGGCGGAUCUGUGGGCGACGGUUGCAGUUGUGUUCGCGACGUUCUUCCAAAGGAAGUCUACGUUGAGCAUUUUGGCGAGUUCUUUGUGGUGUUUUAAGGCUCCCGUCUUAAGGCUGUUCGACUAGAAUGACCGAAAACGAGCCCGGUGCCUCCGAACUCUACGAGUUCGACGCUCCGUCUCACGUCGAAAAUUUCAUGGAGCUGGUGAACGCAGAGACCGACGACCGGUGGUUCGAUGAACGGGCCUCUGGGGAGGAUGGGAACCUGGUCACCCCCUUAAAACCUGACCUCAUGCAGCACAAAGGAGCCGAAGCUGCUGUGACCCCUCCAACUGCUCCAGACUGCAGCUCUGGUCAGACCACAUCUCCACCCCCAAACAUUGUGACGUCGUGGGGGGCAGAAACCAGGAAGGCUGCUCGAGCGAGAACUGCUGUGAAGGAACACCCUGCCCAGCCAAGCAGGGUUUUAAAGCGUAAAAGAAUGACCAACACUCAGACUGCACCGCCAGUAAAGAAAUCCAAAGAGACCCCCAUCGCUCAAAAAGACAGCGCUACACAGCUGGGCUGUCGCAGGAGUGCACGGCUGAAUGCUCCAGCUGCUAACGCCAGCCACGGCGCCGUCCCCUCCACGGUCAAAAAAGACAGGUUGGUGUCCUCUGAGGAGCUGGAGAUGGAGCGGAUCAAGAACCUGCAGAGGGAGGUGGCCCUGCAUCGCAUGCAGAACGAGGCCAGCUACAAGGCUGCGCUGGCAGGCAAUCCUCCCCCAAAGAAGGCGGUGCUUUCCACCACCGUGCCGAAAGACUUCCACUUCAGCACAGACGGCCGCAUCAAAGCCCCCACUUCAAUACAGUCCUCCAAGACGGAGGUGGACUUUGUCCAUCAGCUCCGCAAACCUGCCUCUCCGGCAAAGGCCAGACGAGGAGCCACCAUGCCCAAACCUUUCAACUUGUCAGCGGGUAACAAGAGGAAGGAGGAAGAGUCUGAUGCCUACGUGCCCAUGGCCCAGCAGAUCAAGCAGUUUGAGAAGAAAACCCCCGUCCGCUAUCACAUGCACAGCCGCAGAAUCCAGGAGAAAGUGAAAGCAAGCCACCUGAAGCUCACCCAGCCCCACUCCCCCCACCUGAUGACGCGGCAGAGAAGCAGACCCACCUCAGUGAAGAGCAGCGUUGAGCUGGAGGCAGAGGAGAUGGAAAAGCAGAAGAAGUUCAAAAUCAAAGCUCUGGAGCUGAACAAGAAGAUCCUGGAGGGAGCAGAGGAGCUGAGGAAGCCGCCGGUGAAGGAGCCAACCGUACCUCAAGGCUUUGAGCUGGAGCUGGAGAGGAGGCUCCAGCAGAGGCAGGCCACCAAGAAGAGCGAGGAUGAGGAGAAGCCCCACAACUUCAAAGCCAACCCUCUGCCCAAAAAGGUCCUGGACGGGGUUGUGGGCCUACCUGAGAAGAAGGUGCUGCAUCCCACUGUGCCGGAAUCGCCUGCUUUUGCCCUCAAGAAGAGGAUCCGUGUGGAACGGAAGGCUGAAGAGGUAAAGCAGCCCUCUCCUGUGAAGGCGCCGCCGGUGCCUCACUUUGGCCUACCGUUCCAGCCCCGCCUCCCAGAGGACCACCACCUGGACGUGUGUCCUUUCUCAUUUGAGGAGAGAGAGCGGGAGAGGCGGGCGUUAAAGGAGAGGAAGCUUGAGGAAAUGAGAAACCAGGAGGUCCCACAGUUCAAGGCGCAGCCGCUGCCGGACUUUGACACCGUGGUUCUUCCUGAGAAGAAGAAGCUUGAGCCCACUAAGCCAGAACCCUUCAAGCUGCUGAUCGAUGAACGUGGAGCCGUGAAGAGCAGCCGCUGGGAGCAAAUGGUGAAGGAGGAGCAGAAGCACCAGGAGGGGGCAGCAGCAUUCAAGGCCCGGCCCAACACAGUCAUUCAUAAAGAACCCUUCAGGCCCAAGAAGGAGAGCCGGCCCACGCUGGACGUUCAUUCUUCUACAGUAGUGGAAACCUUUGAGCUGGCAACGGAGCGGCGGGCCAAAGAGUGGCAGGAGUACGAGCGCACGGUCAGCGAGAAGGAGGCGCUCAGAGCACGCAUGGAGGUGGAGCAGAGGCGAGAGGAGGAGCAGCGGAUCAAAGAGGAGAUUGCCAUGCUGCGGCAGGAACAGGUCCAUAAGGCUCAGCCCAUCCGGCAGUACAAACCCGUGACGGUGAAGAAGAGCGAGAUCCCCCUCACGGUUCCAGAGUCGCCCAAUUUCUCCGACCGCUUCCGCCUGUGAAGCCCGCCUUGUUUGGGCAGAAUCCCAGAUGUAGACGUUUAUGUUCAUGAUUUUACUCCGUGUAGCUUUUAAGUGGAACCUUUUAGAGACGUGGCAUGCACCCUGAAAGUUUGUAAAUUGUGUACAUUUGUUUUCCAUGGAACUGCCAGUCGUUCCUCUUUUCUUGAAUGUGCAUUAAUGUAUCCAUGCAGUUUUGAAUAAAAUGUGAUGCAAACACAAA